AUGAAAUACGGGGAGCAGUUCGAACAGGAGUCUGUUCCGCAAUGGAGCCUUUAUAACAUUGACUACAACUCUCUAAAACACCACAUCAAAACGCACACGACAAAGGACCAAGCGACGGCCAUAGCGAUCCCGGGACACCAAGACACCGCCCUCAGCAAGUUCGAGGAAGGCUUCUAUGGCGAGCUGUGUCGCCAACAUGACCGAGUCGACCUCUUCGUCUCCAGCAAGGCUGACGAGAUCUCGCGGCGCCUCCAGCACUCGUCCAAUCAGAUUCACCGCCUAAUAGUACGCUGCGCAACAUCAGGCCGGAGCACCAUCUCGAUCAAACGACAGCGGCGGUUUGUCAAGUACGAGCAGGAACUCCUCCAGUGCGGCGACGACAUCCGCUCCCUGCGGCGCUUUGUCGACGCGCAGAUCGUGGCGUUCCGCAAGAUACUCAAAAAGUACAGAAAAUGGACCGGGUCGUCGACGCUGGGGACACGCUUCAGGGACAACGUCUUGUCGCACCCCAAAAGCUUCACGCGGUGCGACUUUUCGCACUUGCAGGCCAGGUAUGACGACUUGCUGGUCACGCUUCGGGCAGCAUCGCCUGCCGACAUGAGCGGGAUUGGCUCCCCGACCCCCGAGCCGACGGUCGACCCGCGCGAUCGGCAGAGCUCCCCGAGCGAGGCGACGGUUGUGAGCGAGUCACAGGUGGUGUACUGGAAUGAGUACGACUGCGGAAGCGAGGCGGGGGACAACGACAGGAGGGAUGAGGAUUAUGCUAUUUAUAUUGACCCGAACGAGGACAUGAGCUUCCCCGGCAUGAAGGCUCUUGGGAAUCUUUUCUCCAACCCGGUCAAGAAGUUGAACUCAGCCUGGAUGUCGAUUCGAUCGGUGCGGUCGAGGGAGUCUCCCUUGAGCGAUGAUAUCGAGCGCGGACCACUCUUGCCGACUGACUCGACCGUUUCGACGUACGGUUCGACUCGUGCGAAGCCAUUCUCUACCGAGCCGAGCUACUUUACGAUACCGCCUGGUAGUAGGGGUGGCCAGUCCGACACUGAUGUGGAGGAGGAUGCCAACUACUCCAACCGCCACAGUCGGAGGGGGUCGUAUGGGUAUGCUUCCUCGGAAGAUCAGUUUCCUACCGGCUAUCGUCCUCACUAUGCUGCUCUGCCGAGCAUCAAUGACCAGCGCAUUGAGCAGUACAGGGAAAACAUGUUUUUCUGGAUCACGUGGGGCUGCUACGCUGUUGCGUAUGUCUUGAUGGGGAUUGCGACUGUGCUCAUCACGGCGGGGCGUAACAAGAAGCGGCUUGAGGUGGACGCGGGUGUGACGCUGGGCAUCAUGACUUCUCUGGGGCUGGCAUGUGCGGCGAUUUGUAUGACGGUGGCCAGGCAGGAAAGGAUGGGAUGGGUUGGGCUGGUGGCGACGUGGAUUGCGUUUGCGGGGAUAUGUACGGCCAAUGGGGUGUUGCUUGUGCUUGUGGUUGGGAAUGCUCCUCUAUGA